CCUCCUUCUCCUUCUCCUCCUCCUCCUCCUCCUCCUCCUCCCGCAGCGCCCGGCGAGCGGCGGGGCCGGCGGCUGCAGGGGCGAAGAAUCAGUCCCCACAUCGUGACUUUUCCAUCAUGUCAGAACCCAUCACGCUCAAUGUUGGAGGAAAACUCUACACCACCUCUCUGUCCACCCUGACGAGCUUCCCAGACUCCAUGCUGGGGGCCAUGUUUAGUGGGAAGAUCCCAACCAAGAAGGACAGCCGGGGCAACUGCUUUAUUGACAGAGAUGGCAAAAUCUUCCGCUACAUCCUGAACUUCUUAAGAACUUCUCACCUGGACCUUCCCGAAGACUUCCAGGAAAUGGGUUUGCUCCGAAGGGAAGUAGAUUUUUAUCAAAUCCAGCCCCUGAUUGAAGCCUUGCAAGAGAAGGAAGUGGAGCUUUCUAAAGCAGAGAAAAACGCCAUGCUCAACAUCAGCCUCGAUCAGAAGACCCAGACCGUGCACUUCACCGUCCGAGAAGCGCCCCAGAUCUACAGCCUGUCUUCCUCCAACAUGGAAGUGUUCAGCGCUCAUAUCUUCUCCACGUCAUGCCUGUUCCUGAAGCUCCUCGGUUCCAAACUUUACUAUUGCUUCAAUGGAAACCUCUCGUCGAUAUCCAGCUACUUGAAGGACCCCAACCAUUUGACCUUAGAUUGGGUGGCAAGUGUGGAAGGCCUUCCCGAAGAGGAAUACACCAGGCAGAACUUAAAGAGACUCUGGGUGGUGCCAGAUAACAAGCAAAUCAAUAGUUUCCAAGUGUUUGUGGAAGAAGUGCUAAAAAUAGCCAUGAGCGAUGGUUUCUGCAUAGAUUCUUCUCAUCCACAUACUUCAGACUUCAUGAAUAAUAAGAUUAUUCGCCUAAUUCGGUACAAGUAGGAAUGGCUGGUUUGUGAUGGUGGCGGCAUGGAGAUAACACAGGUUAAGUGGUUCCCUUUAAAACACACAACCUAAUUCAGAAUCAUGCUUAUCUGGAUUAAGAGUCACUAACAGGGAGAUGAUUUCCCUUUAAUGUAAUUACCAAUGCGACCUGUCAGAUGAUGUCCAUGUUCUACACGGAAGGAAUAUUGUCUAGCGCCUGAAUUAAGGACUGGCUUUGCCUCCACCUCUUUGUACCUGUUGUACAAUUGUGGGAAAAUCACUUAACUUCUGUCUUUCCUACGUUUUCCAGUUGGAAAAGGGGAGUGAUCCUUAACCUCUAUUGAAGGGGAUGUGAGGGUUCACCAACCAAGGUUUGGCAUGUAUCUGUACAACAGAUGCAGUGAAAGAUGCCAUGGAGCUGCAGUGCAACAGAGAGCCAUGGGAGCACUUUUCCAUGUCAUGGCCAUAUCACCCGUGCAGAGCAUCCAGGAAGCUUGGUUGGAUCCACAGAGAAGAGGCCACACGCUUCUCAUGCAGCACUCAAUGAAGCACUCAUGCAGCACUCGGUAAAGCUGUAAAGGAUGGUGCAGAUUGCAAGUAAAGGGAUCCUGUCUCUUUGGGUUCAACAAAGGAUUUCUGUCACCAUCUGAAGAUGGCUUGGGGUUUGUCUGAACCCUGUGAGGAAGCCCCUGUUUAAAUGACGUGCCUGGCAUGGGGAAUGACCAAGAAAGCCGUAGCAGAGAGAAUGGCCUUCUUACAAACUGAGAACAUUGUGGCUGGUGGGGAAAUCUGCACUCCGGAUGCUCUUAAACCUUUACUUCCACAUUCCAAAGGCAUCCAAGCCUGCCAGUCCUUUUCUUUCUCUUACAAUGUUAACGUUUGUCUGCAGGAUGCUGCUGAAACUCUGUGGUAGAGACAGAUAUGGGGGCAGAGCCCCACAAAUAUCUCCUAAGCAUUCGAGCCUCUUCUUUGGGCACAGCUCCCAUC